ACUUUAGUAAUAAUAUGCAUAUCGGUAGAAUGAGACGUAUAGUAAUAACAGCGUUGUGUCUGACACAGACUCUGUGCAAAAUUCUUCCACCGCCCGUUAAUAUAAGGGCUCUCAAACCUAAAGGUUUUAUAGUUUCUAUACCUGACGAUCCAGGUAUAACGAAAUAUGAAUUCGAAUGCAAAGUCAACGACAAAAUUAGUUUUACAAAACCUGGCAACAUCAGAGAACAGUUAACCAAACACGAAGACGGAAGAUGGUCGUACCGAAAUGGUGAUGUAGAAUUGAAGCUUGGAGAUAUUCUCUACUACAGAUACAAGUACGUCAAAUAUAAGGAAGGAGUACAUAGUAACACGAAGGAGUUUCUUGUACAAGACCUAAUAGAUAUACAAUAUUUGGAACAUACCCCGAGGGUUGGUGACUGCGUCAAGUCUUUAACAGUUCUUCGUGAGACAGAAGCGUGUAGUGGUGACAUUAUAUUUGAAGAUAACUUCGAUACGCUCAGAGAAGGUGUGUGGAGAUUCGAGCAAUAUAUACCUAGUGAACCUGAUUAUCCUUUUGUUUCCUACCAGCACCACAAUAACGCUCACGUAAUCUUUGUGGAAGACGGAUAUCUCAAGAUAGAGCCAAAGCUGUUACAAAACAUAUCACCGUACUCUGGCACAUCGAUAUUGAGCGGAACAUUGGACCUUACUAACGGCUGUACAUCAACACCUGGCAAUUGCGAGAAGAGAGCUUCCCGAGCGAACAUUCUUCCACCCAUAGUCAGUGGACGUAUUACUGCUACGUCUCUGGCGUUUACGUACGGGACUGUGGAAAUUCGGGCAAAACUACCUCAUGGAGAUUGGCUGUAUCCAGACAUUCUUCUACAGUCGAUAUACGAUUGGCCUGGGACAUUUAACAAGCACUCCGGAGUUGUGAGGAUAGCCGGAGCUCGGGGUAACUUGGACCUGAAGGAAGGAGAUACUGAAUAUGGAAAUAAGGUACUGUACGGGGGAGUCAUAUUGAAUGCGGGCUGUCGAAAUGAUCUGCUGAACCAGACGGUCGGCACGGAACCAUGGGGGAGCGACUUUCAUGUUUACUCACUUCGCUGGGCACCAGAAUCUAUCACGCUUUCAGUAGACGGAAGAGAAUGGGCAAAAUAUGAACCUGGCGCCGAUGGUUUGAAGUCGCUGUACACUAAACAAUGUCAACUGAAGGCCUCGCUGAGUAAAACUUCCAAGAUCGCACCUUUUAACGAAUAUUUCAGUCUAACUCUGGGCGUGUCUGCUGGCGGUCUACUGGAGUUUCCUGACGACGUGGUGUCGGGAGUGGAGCCCAAACCCUGGAGGAACAGCCAGAGCAAGAGCCUGUACAAUUUCUACCAGGAACUGAUCCAAUGGUGGGCGACCUGGACUCAGCCAGCUCUUACGGUGGACUACGUUAGAGUGUACGCCCUCUGAACCUGAAGUUCCCUUUGCUUGAAAUGCUUCUUUGCUGAAAAUGCUUCCUUCUUACUUCUAGAAGCCUUCAGGGUCGAAGUGAUCAUCAAAACGAGGACAGUAUUUGGAAUAACAAUAAAUAGUACGAGUAAUUAGACAUAUGUAACUUUUACUGUACACUUAUAAAAUAUAAAUAUUGUUUAA